GAUACUUGAAGAUAAAGGACCAAUACGCCUGUCAUGUAGUUAGGUGGAGCUCUUAUGGGUGUUGAGAAAACAAUACGUGGAGGCAAAGAUGACCACCGAGGCAGACCUCACUGACCACUCUAUGUUGUGUUCCAUCUGUACGGAGGUGCUAACAGACCCAUGUACACUGAGGUGUGACCACUCCUUCUGUAGAGCAUGUCUCACCCAGUACUUACAGUCAAAACAGGGUGGGACACAGUCCAAGACGAUCCCCUGCCCCUACUGCCAUGUUCCCUACCAGGUCACCGACCCCACCAGACCAGUGGAGGAGUGGGCCGGGCAGUUUGCAUCGAGUCAUAUGACGCGACCUGCUGACAGUCUUACUAUAGAUUGUGACAGAAAAGAAAUGAUCUGCUUUACCUGCAAUGAGAUUGGGAACUCCACCGAAGGCAGUAUUUGGUGCGGUAUGUGUGAGGUCAUCUUGUGCAGCGCAUGCCACAAAAUACACAGCAUCUUACCUGUAUCCCGUGACCACAAAGUUACUGAUGUGGUUGAAGGAACCAGGAACAAUAUCAAGAACACAAUCAAGUGCAGUGAACAUUCAAAUAAUGCUGUAGAAUAUUACUGCAAGGAUUGCACCAAGGCAGUAUGUCCGGUUUGCUGUAUUCUGUACCACAGAAGGUGUGAAUCUGUUGUCACACUGCAGUCUUUGAUUCCCCAAAUGAGAAGCGUCUUGCAGGAAAACUCGCAGAUUCUAUCGGCAAAAAUGACAGACAUUCAUUCAAAAUUAUGCACCAACAGAAACAUUUAUACUCAGGUACAACAGAGUAUAACAAACUUGCAGUCCGAGAUCAGGUCUUAUUGUCAACGUGCGUGUGACCUGAUCGGAGAGAAAGAGGAUGAUAUGAUGAAGGACCUCGACAAAAGGACGGAGAAACAGACGGAGACACUGCAGAUAGUCAUCAAGAUAGGGAAGAGUGUGGAAACUAUGCACAAACAAAAGGUAGAGGUCCUACAGAGGGCCCUGGAGUCCGAGAGUGUCAUGGAGAUAUACGAGGUGUACCAGGCCUGUCAAUCAGGGGAGCUCCACGCUACAGAAGUAGACGAGUAUGCCAUAGCUGAAGUUGAAUCGGGCAUUGCAGUCAAGGUUAAAGCAGAGUUGGAAAAUAUUACAACUGUUCUGAACGAGUCACUGCUGUUAUACUCAGACGAACAAUGCGCAGAAGGCUCUACACAUACCAAGAAGGACAUGGAUGGUGAAGAUGGUGGAAGUUGUAUAGGGUCUAUGGAAGAGUCAGAUGGUAUGGGUACAGAUGGAAAGCUGCACACUGAACAUCAACAUGAAUCUUACAGACAGGGACCAAAGUCGGACUUUGGAGAAACAGAUUUCAAACCGAGCUUCCGGGUUGUAUUCUCUGCUGAUCCUCAUGGAGGUCUUAGGGCGAGCUUUGACAAAGGUGGUACAGAUGUGGGGAAAUAUGAGAGAUGUGAAUCGGAGCUUUGUCCUAAAACCACAGACGACCAGGAAAGCGUACACGAAGUUGUAUCGCCUACAUGUACAAACAUCUCAACGCAACAGGAGUCAAGGAAGAGACAUCGCUCCGCUCCACAGCUGAACGACAUUGAAGAUUUUACAGCCGUGUUUUACAAACAGAAACAGUUUGCAGUUGAUGUGGAGACACUUGGCACUGGUUAUAAAGAACCACUACCAGCAAAAUCAAAGCAAAAGUAUCAGUCAGCCCCAAAUUUAACCAUGAUUCCUAUCAUGAAACUGCAGACUGGAACUGAAAAUUCCCUGCACCCCGAAACAGAUAGUACCCGCUCAUCAGACCAACUUAUACCAUCUUCACAGAAUGGAGAUCCCACAACAACAAACCUUGAACAACCAUUGCAACUGGAACUGAAGAGGGAGUUGCUUUCUGUAACAGUUCCAACACGAACUGAAAGUCAUGGACUAGAAGAGCAAGAAUCUGAUAGUCUAAAAUCAAAGUUUCUGCCUCCACAUGAUAACGGCGCCAAACACGAUAUCAUGGUGGAGGAAUCAUUUACAGAUGAUAUGAUGAUGGCUGAGUCGGUGGCAGAGCCGAAAGUGGAUAUACAGAAAGGGGAGGAAAAUGAAGAAUUAGUUGCAGCUGUGCCAGAAGAUACGGGAACUGAUACUCGUCAGGAAACGGCCAACUUAGACGUUGAGAAUGUCUCUAGAACUGGAGAGGAAUCUCAGCGAUCUGAAACAGAGAGGGCUUAUACAUUUGACUCAAAUUCCUUGCCUGUUUAUCAUGAUACCAUAAAGACUGUGAAUAACUUGGAUGUUGUUGUACUUUUGUUGGAUGGCGGGUUUGCAUGUGUGGUUACCCACGCAAGUGAAAGCGCAGUAAAAUGUAUAUAUCACACAAGCCAGAAAAGAUGCGAAAACACUUUGAGGAUCUCAAACCUCCCUUGGACUGUAGCAAAGAUGUCAAACGCCAUGGUGGCUGUCACAGUUCCACGAGCAAAGCAAAUCGUUUUAGCCAAAGUUGACCCUGAGUUGUCUCUUCAUUCCAUCAUAAGAACACAUAAACGUUAUUAUGGUCUGGCGGUGAUGAAGGAUUCCAUGCUUGUAGCUGGUUGCACUUCUGAUUCUUGUAUAGAUAUUCUCGCUAUGUCUGGCAAAGUAAUUAGAACAAUAUCUAAUACUUCUGUAAAAUGCCCUAACUUUAUCUGUCCAACACCAAAACAAGGUUUCAUAGUAUCCGAUCGUCAAACACAAACUGUGAUAGGCUUCACAGCCACGGGAGAGGUUGACUUCACCUACUUCUCUAAGGAACACGCAUUCAAGGAGAACAGAGGCAUAGUGACCACUGAUUCGGGGCACAUUUUGGUGGCAGACGUUGAGGCAAACAAGGUGGUGUUACUAACAGAGACGGGGCAAUAUGUCAGGGAUGUAUUAACAUACACUGAUGACAUACGCAAACCCGUCGGACUGUACCUUCAGGAUGCAUUCCUGUAUGUCACCCAGUGGCAGAACAGGAUCAAAGUGUUCAAGUUUACCUGAACUUUAAAGUGACAGAUAAGUGUCCGUGGUUUAGCAAGACGUGACAGAUAGUGUUCAAGUGUACCUAACUGUGUAGGUACUUUAUUGUACCUAGUCUUAGUAGCAGUUCACUUAAAGUCUGAAGUUUACCUUUGACUUUGAAGACGCAGAUAAGGAUGUACGUGUUCAAUUUUACCUUGACUGUGAAGAUGCGGAGAAGGAUGCAUGUGUUCGCUUAGAUGUAAUGCCAAUAGAAUAAAAGGAAUCUUUUUGUGGAACAGUUGUGAAUAAUAUCGGAAAAAGCCCAUUUAGGUCAGAAUUAAGUAGAAAAAAUGUUAUGUUUGAUACAAUCAUUGAUUAGCUUGAUGUUAAUAAAUUUGUUAGAAUCUUGUCAGAUGAUUAUAUCGUUUCUGCUUGGAGGAAAUUCUGAACAAUUAUGUAAGGCGAAUUAUGUAAUGUUAUGUGGGUUAACUUGAAUCGGUAACUCCUGUAUCUAUAGAAGACAGACUCACGGACUGGGAUCAAUCUUGCUUGAUCCUCCAUAUUAGAACACAGGGAAUUUAGUACAGGGAAAUAACUCUACAUGGCAUACAGAUCUCAAUAUAGUGAAGCACUCAUACUACAAAUUGGAUUACAAUAUACUAGUAGCAUUAAAGCAUGUAAAAUAUUUGUGGUGUAGUCAGAAAAUGUAUAUACUGCGUACACUUGUAAAUAGCAACAUGUUAAUUGUCCAUUUUUUACACCUUAAGCAAUAUUAUACAUUAGUAUGUAUGUAUGUAUGUAUGUAUGUAUGUAUGUAUGUAUGUAUGUAUGUAUGUAUGUAUGUAUGUAUGUAUGUAUGUAUGUAUGUAUAUAUGUAUGUAUGUAUUAUACAUGUAUAUGUUCUAUAUAUAUAUAUAUAUACUUAUCCUUUAAAUGUUGUCUUACACUGUAUACCUUGUAUUCUUAAUGAAAUGGGGGCGGUCGUGUAGCCUAGUGGUUAAAGCGUUCGCUCGUCACGCCGAAGACCCAGGUUCGAUUCCCGACAUUAGUACAAUGUGUGAAGCCCAUUUCUGGUGUCCCCCGCCGUGAUAAUGCUUUAUGAAAUGGAGUAAAUAUACAACCAUACCAGGAUCCAUAACCAGCUCUAGUCCUACGUGGCCAGAUGUUAACUGGAUUAUUACGAAGGGUAAUAAAUCUACUUGACUCGACAGUCGCUAUAUAAUUCAAUGCUCUCAAAAUUACACAUGUGAUCUCAUGUUAUAGGGUACGUGAAUUACGUCGCCACCUGCAAAACACAUGUGGCCCCGGUGAUUAAGAGUAUGAUCUAUGAAUGUUAUUAGGGGUGUCACAAUUGAUUGGUGUAUCGAUGCGUCGCUGUUGGAAAUGACCUGAUCGCAAUAAAUUGAUGGUUAAAUGCA